AUGACCAUUGGUGACGGUGCAUCACCACCCAAGUUGCUCAGCGACGGAAGAAACUCUGAGUUAGCUUCGUCGGAUGGUUUAGGGGGAACCGAGCCCAACCCUGGGCCCGGUCCUCGCUACAUCUACUAUCGCCUAUACGCCCAAGACGGACCAAUCAAAUCGAACAACCCCAUCUACUCCAACAAUGCUUUCAUCAGUCGCGUAAUGCCUAGAUCGGUGGCGCCACCGCAUACGGCCGCAUCGCUGAAGAAGCAUCUCUGCAAAGUCGAGGGAUUCUCAGCAGCGCCCGAAAGCUGCGCAUUGUAUCUAUCUCUCUCGGAAAAGGUACCUGUGGACGGUGCUGCUCGUCUCUCGUUUCGAGGGGAUCUUGGGCCAGGCUCGUCCUCACUUGAUCCGUUAGCUCUUGUCGUUGGGUCCCAGGAAAGCGGGAAACGGUCCCCAGCGUCAAACAAAACCGGGGCAUUGGAUCAGUGGGUUGGGGAUCAGGUUCAAACACGUUUCGUCCAUUAUCGUGUUUACGAUGAGAGCGGAGAGGUGACCUCGAAGACAUCUUUCGAUAAAGAUGAUACCUCCUUGGGUCGCAUCAAUAUUCUCUCUGUUUCGCCGCCUCACACUGUCGCUUCUUUGAAGGCUUGCAUAGCUAAAGCAGAAGGGAUGACAGAUCACGAUCUUCAAACGUUUGAAGAUGAUAUGGGAGAAAUUAUCAUGAAGGAUGACGAUACUAUUACCAUUAUAACUGACGUCUACCCAGGCAUUCUGCAAGACGCGCCAAUAGCAAUUGUAUUUGGUUCCAAGAAAGCGACCAGAGUGGACCGGGCUUUUACAAAGCGAAUCCAAAUUAUCUAUCCAUCUGGCACGUGGGCUAGUCCUGAUCCCAAGUGGCACUCCAUGAAAGAUAAGGAGAUUCUCCAGACAGAUGGAGCUUUAAGAUCGGAGCUUUAUACAUACAAAUGCUAUAUGGCCAUAAACUCUGAAGGGAAGAAAGCGCUUGUCGCCGAAUGUGAGGUCCUUUCUGCUCGUCACGUCGGCGUUUGA